AUGUGGCUGUGGCGGCUGUGGCCGAGGUGGCUGAAGUGGCUGAGGUGGCUGCAGUGGCUGAGGUAUCUAGCGCUGAUAAGGUUGGUCAUGUGGGAGAUCGAGGUGAUGAUUGACGGUGACCCUGGGUUGGACACUACGACCCUUCAUAAUAUGUGUCCUGGUACUGUUCAGCCUUUCAGGUGCGACACUCACACCAAAUUCAGCAACUUGUGCAAGUCAGCGCAGGUCUACCAUGUAGUCCACAACUGGUUCAACGUGCUGCAAGAAGUGCUGCCUAACAACUUGCAUGGGAGCCGCAUCUUUGGAGAGUGUCUCGAAUCCACUGCAAUUGGUGUAACAACCUUUGGAUUCUUGGGAGCCAUGAGUGCUGCCAAGUGUGCCUACUUGCAACGUGAACUUCAGGACAGCACAAUUCUGCAGGCAGAAGGCGGCACUUCUAUGCUGGCAGUGGCAACCACAAUUCCGCCGGACUCUGAGGAGGUGAAUGCAAACCCGGGUCCACAGAUGAACAUGUCAGGCACGGGGGCAGAUGCAAACCAGGCCACUGCCUGA